GGAGCGCCUUAACACAACCCGCCUCAAGCUAGGUACUAGCUCCGAUGAGUAGCUGCUUCAACGGUGGCGCCGGCUGGCCGGAGCCCGUGGUGCGCGUGCAGGCCGUGUCGGACACCUGCGGCGAGACAAUACCUGAGCGGUACGUCAAGCUGCCGUUGGAUCGGCCGUCGGCGACGACCCUCCAACCGGCGGUCUCACAUGGCGGCGGCAGCCUAAACAUCCCGGUAGUGGACAUGUCAAUGCCGGACUCGGACGAGACAGUCCGUGCCGUGGACGCGGCGUGCCGGGAGUGGGGGUUCUUCCAGGCGGUGAACCACGGCGUGAGCCCUGAGCUGCUGCGGCGGGCGCGCUCGUCGUGGCGCGGCUUCUUCAGGCAGCCAGCCGAGGUGCGCGAGCGGUACGCCAACUCGCCGGCGACGUACGAGGGCUACGGCAGCCGUCUCGGUACCACCAAGGGUGGGCACCUCGACUGGGGCGACUACUACUUCCUGCACCUCCUCCCGCCGUCGAUCAAGAGCCACGACAAGUGGCCGUCCCUUCCGUCCACCCUACGGGACGCGACGGAGGAGUACGGCGAGCAGGUGGUGAAGCUGUGCCGGAGGGUAUCAAAGGUGUUGUCCAAGGGGCUGGGACUCGACGGCGGGAGGCUGCAGGCAGCGUUCGGCGGGGAGGGCGGCGAGGGGGCAUGCAUGAGGGUUAACUUCUACCCGAGGUGCCCGCAGCCGGAGCUGACGCUGGGCGUGGCGGCGCACUCCGACCCCGGUGGCAUGACCAUGCUGCUCGUCGACGACCACGUUCGGGGGCUGCAGGUGAAGAAGGAUGGCCAGUGGAUCACCGUCGACCCGGUCCCUGACGCCUUCAUCGUCAACGUCGGAGACCAGAUCCAGGUGCUGAGCAACGCGGCGUAUAAGAGCGUGGAGCACCGGGUGACUGUGAGCGCAGCGGAGGAGCGGCUAUCGCUCGCCUUCUUCUACAACCCGCGGAGCGACGUGCCGGUGGCGCCCAUGGCGGAGCUGGUGGCGCCGGGACGCCCGGUGCUGUACCCGGAGAUGACCUUCGACGAGUACCGGGCCCACAUCCGGCAGCGGGGCCUCAGCGGCAAGGCGCAGCUACAGUCUCUGCAGAACGCCAACAGCAGCGUCGCCUCCUGACACUAGGAAAGGCCAGCCGGCCUACUACUCCCUUGUCAUGUGCAUGCGCAUCACUCCGUUGUAUUCGUAGAUGUGUUCAUGGCCGGUACAUAUGUAUGUAUAAUAGACGUUUCCGCUAAUAAAUAUGCACGGAAUAGUCUCGUACGUAUGCCGUUCAUGUUAACUUGAUCAGUUUGUUUACUCUAUUGGACGUAUAUAAUUAGUGAGACUGCUCAUUCGUUAUGUUA